AUGGGUGAUUGGUCAAUACUUGGCCGACUCCUAGCUGAAGUUCAGAACCAUUCCACAGUGAUUGGGAAGAUAUGGUUGACAGUGUUGCUGAUUUUUCGUAUUCUGCUGGUCACAUUGGUUGGCAAUGCAGUAUACAGUGAUGAACAAUCCAAAUUCAAAUGUAAUUCCCUCCAACCAGGAUGUCAUAAUGUUUGCUACAAUGCAUUUGCUCCUAUCUCUCACCUAAGAUUCUGGGUUUUCCAGAUUGUUCUGGUUUCAACCCCAUCCAUUUUUUACGUAGUGUAUGUUCUACACAAAAUAGCACACGAUGAAAAACAUGAAGUGAAAAAAAUAACAAGCAAGCUGGAAUUACCAAACAAGUCUAUAUCACAUGGAAUUCUCCCAGAAGAUGAAAUUGUGGCUCAAAGAUCUGAUGUCAUCAACUCAAAGGGAACUGAAUUUGAUCUAAGAUAUGGAGAAUAUGAAGUUGAGAACAUAAAGAUUAAAAGGAAUGGUGACCCUCUCUAUCUUUCAAACAAUGUUUUAUCUGUAUAUGUCAUCCAUGUAAUGCUGAGAGCUGUUUUGGAGAUAACAUUUUUAAUGGGACAGUAUUAUUUAUAUGGAUUUAAAGUUCCUUGUUUGUUUGUUUGUUGGACCUAUCCUUGUCCAACCAAAACAGACUGUUUCAUAUCCAGAGCAACAGAAAAGACCAUUUUUUUGAACUUUAUGCUUUGUGUCAGUCUUGCAUGUUUUUUGCUGAACAUUAUUGAGCUCCAUUUUCUGGGCUGGGUCUACACUGCACGGGUGUUGUGCAUUACUUGCUCACCUUGCUGUAAAAAGAAAAAAAAGAAAGCAAAUGAUUGGUAUUCAGACCAAAAUCCUCUCCUAGCGCUAAAAAAUACAUUUUAUGACAACUUAAUAUUGAAGUCAUCUGUAGAGUUAUUGCAGCAUAGACCAGUUCUCCCCCCACAUCAGGCAUCAAUUUCAAUUGAAUCUGAAUCAUUAGAAAGUGUCAGAAGGAAUUUUGAUGUCAAGAUGCAGCAUGGAAAUUUUAGCAAAUGUGGAAAAAACAAGAAAGUUUGUCUUUAA